AUAUGAGCUUCUGCAGCAUGAAGGAUACACAUCAGGACCUCAUCAGGACCAGAGUCCACAUCACAAGACCAGGACCAUCAGAGCUGCUUCAUCCCUCCAUCAGAGCUGCUUCAUCCCUCCAUCAGAGCUGCUUCAUCCCUCCAUCAGAGCUGCUUCAUCCCUCAAUCAGAGCUGCUUCAUCUCUCCGUCAGAGCUGCUUCAUCCCUCCGUCAGAGGACACCAUGCAUUGUGGGUACCCGUUCAUCCUGUCUCUGGUGUUGUGGGCGGAGCUUGCAGCAGGUAUGGUGUUACCAACAAGCAACAUGCAGAGCACCGCCCAGAGCCUUGAGGCGGCGCUGCAGAGCUACAUCAGCAACCUCAAAAAGACGACAUACCUGCAGGAUCUGCCGGACGAGCCCUGCGCAGACACCGUCGCUAAUGAGAGCUCCACGGCGGCCACCAAACUGUCUCACUAUCAGCAGUGUGCAGACAACCUCAAGACUCUCUGUACUGACGACGUCGCUCUGUGUAAUGUCAUCACACUGCAAAACGACCUGCUGCAACACCUGAGAUCGACAUACCAGGACCCUGUAGUGUGUCCCAAGUCUUCCUCCUCCUCCUCCUCCUCACCUUUAUCAGAUUUCAACUCCAUCACUAGAUCCAUCCAGUGUGUUGACUGCUGGAGCCGGCAGGUGGCUGCAUUAUGCUGAUAACACAAACUGGCCUGAAUUAAAAAAAUAAUAAUAAUUAAUUUUUUUCUAAAAUAUCAUGUUUUUAAUAAUUAUAUAAUUAUUAUUUAUAUAAAUAAUAAUUCAAUGAAGAAAAUGAUUCAGAAAAAGUUCAGUUAUUUUGAAUUACAAGAGCAGAUACAUUUUAUUAUUCCUGUUCAUUCUUAGUCAUUAUUUGUGUAGAUAAUGUUUAUUUUUUUAAUUAAGUUAGAUACUUCUUCAGAGUAGUUUUGGUUUCUUUGUAGAUUAAUAUAUAUUUUCUCUAAAUGUCUAUCAUAAUGGCCAAAUAAGGUAUUGAUAUAUUAUUUACUAAAAGUAUUUCUAUGGCUACGUUUUCUUAUUUUAUUUUAAUUUAAUGACAUUAUUUGUUUAUUUAUGGUGUAAUUUUCAGUGUGAAUACAAGAGGGCUCUACUGGUGUAGUUAUACAAUCUAUUGAUGUAGUUUUACAUUCUGCUGAUGUAGUUUUAUACUGUACUGAUGUAGUUUUACAUUCUGCUGAUGUGGUUUUACACUCUACUGAUGUCGUUUUAUACUCUACUGAUGUAGUUUUAUACUGUACUGAUGUAGUUUUACAUUCUGUUGAUGUAGUUUUACAUUCUACUGAUGUAGUUUUAUACUGUACUGAUGUAGUUUUACAUUCUGUUGAUGUAGUUUUACAUUCUGCUGAUGUAGUUUUAUACUGUACUGAUGUAGUUUUACAUUCUGCUGAUGUGGUUUUACACUCUACUGAUGUCGUUUUAUACUCUACUGAUGUAGUUUUAUACUGUACUGAUGUAGUUUUACAUUCUGUUGAUGUAGUUUUAUACUCUGCUGUUAAGACGUCAAUUUCAUAAAAAAUGUUUUAACGUAUUUAUAUUUCAUGUCAACAUGUUGUUCUGUUUUUGAAUAAAGUUUUUUAGAAA